AGGCUCAAUAUUUUGAAGAGCACAAGAAGAAGUGUUGUUACUGGAGUUUACUUAUUGAAUGACAUUAGAGCAAAGAUUACAGUUUUAACAGUUAGUGUCUCCGCUUGGGAACAGCUUACCACGCUUCGCUGUAGGGUCGCAGCCUCUCUGACGCCUGACCGUCUGCUUCAGCCUGAAAAAUGCGGGACCGGACUAAAGAGUUAGGAAAUAAUGCCGAGGCUUCAGAUGAGGAUGAGGAGGGCAAAGCUCUGAUGAUCAAACCUGGAACCUCUUCAGCCAAAGAGGAGAAGGAGAGUGAAGCCUUCUUCAAAAAGGUGCAAGAAAUUCACGAGGGGCUGCAGAGUUUCAAGAGGAUGGUGACUGACCUUGAGAACAAACAGAAAACUGUGCUCGGUGUGGCGCUGCCAGAGGAGAGUAUGAAGAAAGAGCUGCAGACUCUUCGAGAGGAGAUAAAAACGCUGGCAAGCCAGAUCCAGAGAAAACUGAAGAGUAUUGAACCCAAGAAGGGAGAGGACGAUGGGAAAUACAUACCCAUAAACGUUCGGAUGCAACGCACACAGCACGGGGUCUUGUCCAAGGAGUUUGUGGAGCUGAUGGGUUACUGUAACACCAUCCAGGCCCAGUACAGAGACCGCAACGUGGAGAGAAUACAGAGGCAGCUCAAAAUCACUGGGACCAACGUGUCGGAUGAGGAGCUGGAUGCGAUGCUCGAGAGUGGGCAGACGGACGUUUUCACUCAAAACAUCCUGAUCGAUGCUAAAGCUACGAAGCAGGCUCUGAAUGAGAUUGAGUCCCGGCACGACGAGAUCCUGAAGCUGGAGAGGAGCAUCAGAGACCUGCAUGACAUGUUCCAGUACCUUGCCAUGGAGGUGGAGGCUCAGGGGGAGAUGGUGAACCAGAUUGAAACCAACAUCAAACAGUCUGCCAACUACGUGGAGAAAGCAAAGGACAACACAGAGAAAGCGGUCACAUAUCAGCAGAAAGCGCGCAAGAAGAAGAUCUGGAUCGCGAUCUGUCUGGCCAUCCUCAUCCUCAUCUUAGUCAUCUCGUUGGCUUCGGCCUUCGGCACUUAACACCAGGCCGUGUGAGGCGGCAGUAGAUUCGGUCUUGGCAGAGGCAAACUGUGGGGUCAGAAAUCCCGCUUUUUAUGUAAAUAUAUCAGCCCACAGGAUGUACGGGGUUAUGUGGUCAUUGGAUUUUCUGUUAUCAUCCCUCGGUUUUUCACGUUUCACUUCUGUCUUCCUCUAACCGUGCUGUCUUCUAAACGGGCCUUCUUGUUUUUGUUUGUUCUUUUUUUUAAAAAGAAGAGAUGUGCUCUCUGUUGUUUUUAACUCUCAAACGACCACAAUCUCGGCUGUAUUGCCCCCCCACCGCGACUCUGGUCCACAACAACACAAAGGCCAGGACGUAUUGUGAACUGUUACGUCAGGGCCCCUUCCCCUCCUACAUUUAAAAAAAAAAAAAAAAAAAAGAAGUAAGUGGCCUUGAGCACGGCACAAUGCAGUAUUGAAACCUGACACUGGCGCUGAACAUACUGUACUCAGGAAAAAUGUGCGUUUAUUCUUGUUACGUUGUUUCUGGAUGAAUUGGAGGUGUUAAAAAAACAAAAACAAAAAAAUUAGUAGAGUAGGGCUUUCUUUUAUAGACUAAUAUAAUUGUACAUAACCUAUAUUGCUGAGAUGUACUUUAUGCAGAUGAUUUUUAAAACUUGAAAGUUGUUUCAAAUGCUUACAUGUGACAAGUGUAAAUAUUUUUUUUUUUUUUUUUUUGGUGAAAUUAACAGCCCCCCGUCUUUUAUUUUACAAAGGGGUCUCAUCGCUACAGUCACAGGCCCAAGGCCCCCCUUGUAUUUGUCCUACCAGUUUGUAUUUAUGAUUUGAACAUUGUUGCGUAAGCUGCUACGGGAAAAGUUCUGCAACAACACAUAAUGAAAUCUUUUUUCUUUGUAAGACCUUUUAAAAACUGUGCCUUCUCCUUUUAUGUCAAGCUGAGAAUGUGCUGUUGUGCACUAACAUUGUCCAGAAGGGAUGGAGUGAGUAUUUGUUUUGUUUAUACACAUUUUCAAUUCACACAUCAAUGUUUCCGCUGAGUCCUUGGCUUUACCUUACACACAUAUACUCGGAUUAGACUUUAAGCUGUUAUUUUUCUUCACCUGUUUGUCACGUUGUGCAAAGUCUCCCAUUUGUCCUCCGGGUUGCCGGUGUAGGAAUUAGGAUAAUUUAGCUGGAAAACCGUGGCGCAGUAAUGCGUUUAAGAACCACAAAACCAAUUUACGGAGAGAUACAGUACCUGCUGUGCACCACAAUAUGACAGAUCUUUAAAGAAAAAUAAAAUGUUUGCGUUAAAGGACCUCCAGUCCUCACUCAAGUCUCCUUCGGAAGUGGAAAAGUUGCCUGUCGGCACAGUUCACAGCAGACAGAAAAACAUUGAGGGAGCGCAGAGAAGCCACUUUGCUACUGUGUAAAAUUAUGGCUGUUGAAUUUUGCAUCACACUCAUUUUAAUAGAUUUGUUUUUAAAAUAAAAUAUUGCCAUGUUCUAUUA